CCUGACAGUUUCCCUAUAAAUUAGGAUCACCACCACCCCCCAAAAACACACCUCUUCUGAUUCCAAGUUCCAACCAAUUAAUUACAGAGAACAUUAAACAUGGAAUCUCACUCAUGUCGUAGUCUUCUCGCACUGCAAUAUCUUCUCUCUCUUCUUCUCCUAUUCAUCUCCAUCAACAUAAUAUUCAACAUUCACACAACUUCCGCUACUUCUUAUAACUCAUCCACAGUUUACAAACUCUACGUCAAAAAUUCAUGCAAUUCCACCUUAUAUCCACAAAAGUGCUACGAGUCCCUCUCCUCCUACUCUACCAAGAUCAAAUCAGACCCCAAAAGGCUCUGCAGAUACGCCAUUUACGUCGCCUACAUCGACGCGAAAACCGCUUCUUCGACGGCCGUAAAAAUAUCCAAGACAAAAGGUUUGAAGGCCACAGAGAAAGAGGUUAUCACGGAUUGCGUAGAAAACAUCAAAGACUCCGUCACAGAGCUCAAAAAUUCAUGGCGCGCCAUGGACAACCUUAUCAGCGGAAAUGGUACGUUGUCGGAGGACGAGAAAUAUCAGACGGUGGAGAAUGUUAAGUCGUGGGUCAGCGCCGCUUCGACGGAUGAUUACACGUGUACGGAUGAGAUCGAGGAGGAGAAGGUCAACCCUACGAUGAAAAGCAAGCUCAAUAAGGCUUGUCUGAAACUGUCCAAAUCCACCAGUAUUGCUCUGGCUUUCACCAACAGUUACUAGUUCAGUUAAAUAUAAUCCUGAAGUCCAAAGUUUGAUUUUUUUUUUUUUCCUUUCCUUUCCUUUCUUUUCUUUUCUUUCGUUUUCUUGUCCUUUGUAAUUCCGAUUUGUUUUUUCGGUAAGUUUACUUCAUUAAGACUAGUUCAUAUAUGUAUAUACAGGUUCUUUCUCUCAA